UAAACAUAACCCUGACUUUGACAUUAAAGAAAAUAACUUCACUUUCACACCGGUUCCAUCUGUGAAAGGCAUUUCCCUAUGAUUUUUCUUUGACAAACAAUCAAUUUAAAAAAUGAAUUUAAACUGUGUUAUAUGUGCAGAUUUACUAAGUGCAUCUCAGGAAGUCUAUGUAACACUAUGCGGUCAUAUUUUCCAUGAUGGAUGCCUUUUCCAGUGGCUCGAAAGAUCAAGAUCUUGUCCACAGUGUCGAGCAAAGUGUGGUAGACGAGACGUUCAUAGAGUAUAUUUUAAUAUUGCUAAUCUUGACACGAGCAACAUCGAUGUGGCGAGUGUUCAACAGCAGUUGGACGAUAUGAAAUUGCAGAUGAUUGAAAAGGAGCGAGCGUUGAAUAAGGCUUCCGAGGAGAUUGAAACAUUGAAAGCCGCAAGGAAGAAGUGCAUGAAGACUGUUUCCGGAUUAGAGCGUGAACUUUCGAAGCAGCAAUUUCUUAUGUUUUCCUACAAUGAACAGAUCAAGAGGCUAGAAACUGAUAACAAAGCUAUAGAAGACCUACGCAAAGAAAAUCAAGCCUUAAAAUCGAAAAACAACUUAAUGACUACCAUUCAGGACGUGUUAACCUCAUCACAUACUGAGGUUGAGAAUAUGUUGAAGGAAAAACAGGAUCCAAAUACCCUUUGUGUUCUAUUAGUAACGUUAAAAAGAGAGCUUCGUUUAUGUGAAAAUAAAAGAAAUGAGUUGAGAAAUGAUCUGAAGGCAGCACAGAAAGAUUUGCGGAAUGAACAAAAGCUCAAAGAGUCUCUGCAGGAGAAAAUAUCGUACCUGGAAAGUGCAAAUUAUCGCUUAGAGGAAGCAGUGAAGUCCCUUAAGGCUGCAGAACAUGUCGACCUGACUGAAAAUGAACCUCCAUUGUCAUCCUCAAUGACUUUAUCACCUGCUUUUAGGGCUAAACUUGUUCAUAUCGAAAGAGAAAAGAAGACGAUGUUUAGCUCAUCACCAAAUAUUUCGGAAAGAAUCAAAAUAAUUGAAGAAUCAAACUCGCCCUACUUCAAUAUCAAAUCAAGUAGCAUAGGCCUAGCGAACUUACUCAAAGCCAGUGAUAAUAUCCGCAAUAAAGACCCGCCAUCACAUAAGGAAACAGCAGUUGGACUUCUAAGGAAGACAAGUAGCGAUGUUUCUGAGAAGUACUCAAUCUUCAAGAAACCCCGGUUAGAAGUUCAAUUGAACCAAUUGAAUCCGCAUCCUAAUCAUAUGGUCUUUAAUGGAAUGGGUGGAACUGAAAAGAAGGAUGACUUUUCCGACUUUAUGAAACGGAAACCAAUUUGUGAGAUGAAAAUGAAGACUACACUCAGUGAUCGAUUGAAGGGUGGUAAAUUGAAACGGCUACCAACGGCUCCACCGGCCGAACAAAAAACCUUAGAUAGAUUUGUUUCAAUUUAAUUUAUUAUGUUUAAUAGUGAAAAUGUAUUAAUAUCUAUUUUUUUCAUUGAUAUCAAUUAAGUAUGAAAAUGUUAGCAUAUUGCUGGACUAAGACUAAUAUAUUACUUCCGAUAA